GAACCUCGUGCGAAUGACUGUCGUUAAUAUGCCCGUGAAAAGUUUUAAUUAAAACUUUAAGAAAAUUUCAUUUGUUCAGAAUGCUAUAACAUUAUUGAAGAAAAUCGUAUAUAAAUGAAACCGUAAAAUAAUUUGAAUAAUUUUUCAAAUAAUGUAUAUAUUUAGAUGUCUAAUAAAUCAUUUUGAAGCAUAAAAAGUUAAGAAAAUGUCACUUACAGAAAUGGAGCCACUUAAAAUACAUUUAGAUGCAUUGGAAAUGGCUGGAAAAAUGGUUGAUAAACAUAUCACAGCAGAUAGUAAUUUUCCAUCUUUAAUUAAUUUAAUGAGAUAUAAUAUUCAAGGUGGGCCAACUGUUAGUGGUCUUGAUGAUCAUGAUUAUCCAAGUUUACAUGGUUCAUCAAUAAGUUUGACAAAUAUAAAUCAAAUGAAAAUACAUAGUAAAAUUCCUUUGCCGUCUGAAGUGAUGGAACAUUUUGGCCAUAUGCAAUGUCAUUGCAUGAUGGGUUUAUUUACAGAUAUUUCAAAAGCAUGGCUUACAAUUGACAGUGAUAUCUAUGUGUGGUCAUAUGAAAACGAAGCUGAUGUCGCAUACUUUGAUGGAUUGAAUGAGACUAUUAUAAGUGUUGGUCUAACAAAACCAAAACCAGGCAUAUUUCAAAGCUAUGUUAGAUAUUUAUUAAUUCUAACAACAACAGUUGAAAUAACUAUACUUGCAGUUAUACUUAAUGAGGGUAAUGAUGGUAAAUCAAUAGAAAUGCAAUUGGUACCAGAACCAAUUUUUACUGUUACUACUGAUGGUAUUGGUAUAACCACCAUUGCCAAUACUAGUAAUGGUAGAAUUUUUCUUGGCGGUAGAGAUGGCUCAUUGUUUGAAAUAUGUUAUCAAGCAGAAAGUAGUUGGUUUGGUAAACGUUGUAAAAAAGUUAAUCAUUCUGAAGGGCCAUUAUCAUUUGUAAUUCCUUCAUUUGUAACUAUGGCUCUAUCUGAAGAUGAAGCAAUAAUACAAAUUUCCAUAGACGAUUCCCGUAAUAUUUUAUAUACUCUGGGAGACAAAGGUACCAUUACCGUUUGGGAUAUUGAUAAUGGUGGUGCAUCCAAAAUUACAUCGCUCUCUCAAAGUUCAUUAGUUCAAAAUACUGUUCAUGUUGUAAAAACUCUCGAUAGUAACAAUUUUCGACCUUUGGUGAGCAUAUCCGCUAUAACAGAGUAUGAAUCAAUACAUUUGAAUUUGGUUGUGGUGGCAGCUACUGGAACUCGUUUUUACUUCUGUUGUACAUCACCUUCAAAUCCAUCGAGUAGACCGCAAGGACUUCAAUUAAUACAUGUAAGAUUGCCACCAGGCUAUGCUGCCAAUGCUCCAGUAACAAGGCCCAAAAAGGUUCAAAUGGCACAUUAUAGAAAAGGAUCAUUAAUUCUUGUCUGUGGUGGUGAUACAGAAAGUGCAUGGUGCUUAAGCAAUGAUGCAUAUCCUUUUACAAAUUAUUUAGCUGAAACUCAAAGUAUCUUACCUCUUGAUAGUCCUGUAUGGGCAAUGGCAGAAAUUAUUGGAGAAUCGGCUAUGCAUAUAGAAAGACAAAGCAGUACACAAGGAGAACCACCUCUUCUUGUUAGACAACACAUGGAGCCACCUAGAAAGUUUAUAUUUUUAACAACUCAGGGUGCAAUAACUUUAAUUCAAGUACGUCCUGUAGAUAUUUUAAGACAGCUUUUACUAGAACAGCGUGGACCUGAUACAGAAUCAGUACGUGCUUAUUUUCAAUCUCAGUCUCCAGAACAAGCAUGUGCAACAUGUUUAAUUUUAGCUACUUUAGAAACUUCUCAAAAUACUCAGUUAUGUGAAUGGGCAACAAGAGCCUUUUUCUUAUAUGGUGGACAAAAGGUAUCAGGGAUUGUCCCUGCAAUUGAUAGGCAUAGCAAUUUUCCUAAUAUACAUACAGGAGAUAUACGUACGUCAACACCCAGAGUACAAAUUUUUGAUAAUAGACCUCAAGUAUUUAGGCAACAUCCACAAAUGGGUUUAAAUUCAGAUGCUACUUUACAACAAUUUUCAGCAAAACAUGGAGGUUUAUAUUUAUAUGUAGGAAGAAUACUUCGACCUAUAUGGAAUAUGCGUUGUAUAAAACAAGAAAAUAUAAACAAUAAAACUCAGAUAUCUAGUACAAUUCCACCUAAUCAAAUUAGAUGGAUUUUGAAUCAUUUACAAGCUUUAAGGUGUUUUCUCAAUAAAAAUACAAAUAUUACUAAGCAACAUAAUAAUGUAAGAAGUAUAACGGAUGAAUUUGAAACAUUACCCAAUCUUUAUCAAGAACCUAUAGUAGAAGAAAGAAAUUCCUUGGAUGCUUUAAAAGUUUUUAUUACACAUGCUUGUGAGGUGUUAGGUUUAUGGGAGAUUUUGUGUGAGAAUCAAUUAAAUAAUAUUGUUAAUUGUCUCUCUAAGGAUCAAAUUAGUCAAUUUUCUACGGCUACGUUUAGGGAUUUAAUUUUAAUUGGACAUGAAAUAUCAUCCUUAUUGAUCAUUCAUCUAAUUGAUAGUUAUCUUGGCGACAAUGCAUCCGUAGAUGCGGUAAGUUCAAGAUUAAGAGAGGUUUGUCCAAAUCUGUAUAGAAGUGAAGAUGCAGUUUGUUCAAAGGCAAAUGAAAUAAUAUUGAAAGCAAAAAAUUGUACAAAUUCUGAAGAGAAACAAGUUUAUCUGCAAUCUGCAUUGAAGCUUUGUAAAGAAGUAGCACCCAGAUUAAAUUUGAGUGCUGUAUGCCAGCAAUUUGUAGCCUGUCAGUUUUAUACAGGAGUUCUUGAAUUGUGUCUCUGUUGUGCGGAGAGAAUAGAUCCUCACAAUGCUGCAUUACAUUUUUAUAAAAAUAAUGAACCUGUAGAAGAUCAAGAAGGGAAUAUAGCUUAUAUAAAACGAUUAGAAAUUUACAAAGAAUUUACUUCAAUGUUGGAUCAUAUUUUUAAUCAGAACAUGUCAAAUCCAUUAACGCCAACCAUUCCAAGUAAACCAGGACCAGCUCUUCAUAAUACUUCUGCUGUAUCGAUAACACCUCCGAAAGAUAUGUUACAUGAAAUUAUAAAUGAUGCAUUACAUUCCUCUUGUGAAAUACUUCAUACUGCGGUAUAUAUAUGGAUGAUUGAAAGAGGAUUUCAUGGUGAACUAGUUGCUCUUGCAGCGCCUUCAUUAGAAACUUAUCUGAGUCGUGUUAAUGCACCUGAAUUACUUUGGCAAUUCUAUGAAAGAAAUAAAAAUCAUGCUGCUGCAGCAAAAAUUUUAGAUUCUUUGGCUACUAAACCUUCUCCAGAAACAUCAUUAUCAGAAAGAGUAGAAUAUUUAGCACGUGCAGUUGUAUGCAUGCGAAGUGAUCAAGCUGGUUAUGCUCCUUAUCUUGGAAUUUUCCUACGUGAAUUAGAAGAUAAAUUAGAGGUAGCUAGGAUACAACAACAAAUAUUAGAUACGAUAUGUAGCCAGCAACAUAUUUUUGAUCCUAUGAUUGUCCGUGAUGCUAAGUUAAAAUUGAAUUCCUCAUUACUUGAUAUUACACAGCUUUAUGAGGAAUAUGCAGAACCUUUGCAACUUUUAGAAUGUAAACUUGCUAUAAUUCACUGUUCCGGGCAUCAAGAUGCGAUGUUAAUUCAAGGAAUUUGGACAAAUAUAAUCAACAAUGAAUUAAAAAAUGCUGCAGCAUCGUCUCCAGAUGAUAAAAUGGCAAUUUUAAUGACUAAAAUUAAACUCCUUGGUCAAGAAUAUUCAGGAUCACCACAUUGUUUUCCGAUAGAAUUCUUAAUAGAACAAUUGGAAACAAGAGCUUGUAGAUUAAAAACUUCCAAUAAUUGUAUUAUUACAGUAUUUUUAAAGUUAGGUGUAUCAAUGGAAGAUCUUUUAGAUUACUAUGAUAAAAUGAUUGGAAAAAAUACACGUACUUGGUUAAACAAAGGAAAUGAAUUCCAUUUAAUAGAUUCCACUGCAAAUUUAAUAAAUUAUUUUAUCAAAAAUCAAAAUAAUAUUAAUGCUUUUAACAGAGAAAAACUAAUAGUUAAGUGCCAAGAUGUUAUUUCCAAGUGUCUAACGAUUUUAUUUAGUAAACCUAAUAGUGAACAAUUAAUAGCAAAACUUAGAUCAAUGAGAAUGUAAAAUUAAUAAAUAAUUUACAGUAGGUACAAAGUAAGAUAAUGCACAAAUAAUUAUUUUUUUGAAGA